AUGCCCGCUCCCCCACCUCCGCGCGCCCCUCCUCCAGGACGCCCCACCGACCCGGUGCACCUGCCAGACCAGAUCUAUGCUUCAGCGCAAGCUGCACCGCCCAGAUGCGACCCACCUGGGGCGAAUACCACCAGCCUCCUGGGCUGCCCGUUCCUGGGGACCACGGAGUGCAUCGUCCUCACACUGAUGGCCUUUGACCGCUACGUGGCCGUCCGCUGGCCCCUGCACCAUGACCCCUGCUUGAGCCAGCAGCUGGCGGCCACCACCUGGGCCACCGGCCUGGUGGAGUCAGCGGUCCUGACACCAGCCCCUCUCCGUCUGCUCUUGUGUCCCCGCCGGCAGGUGGGUGAUUUUUUGUGUGAGGUCCCGGCUCUGACUGCACUGUCCCGCGGAAACGCCACUUACGGUGAGAUGCAGGUGGCUGUCGUGGUCCCUCACUGCCUCUGCCCGAGCAGUGCUCAGGUCAAGUCUGCCACAGGGUGGAAGAAGGCGUUCCGGACGCACCCCUCCCACCUCGCGGUGGUCACCCUGUACGACUCAGUCAUUACUGUCUAUCUGCAGCCCCCAAAUCCCGACGUUCAGCAAAGGGGCAAGUUGUCCAGUCUCUGCUAUGCAGCAGGCACUCCAGCACUUAACAACCCUCUUGUUCACACCCUGAGGAACAGAGGGGUAAAGGGGACACUGGGACGCUGCUUGGGAGGCACAGGGACCCAAGGGAGUGCUGAGAGCUGCCUGGGUGCUUUCCAGUCCCCAGGGAAUCAACCUGCUUCUGCCAACCUGCAGAACCCCCAGAGCCCUGGCCGCGCGGAGGCCCGGGACCGUUUGCACAACGCGGGCUCUGGCGCCCUCUGCCGGCUGCACUCGGCACUGCGCCUGAUGUCGGGGGAAGGACCUACCUACCUGAGAAAAGCUGGAGACCUGGAGAUGGGUAGAGGAAAAAGAGAAUUUUUCUUCCCCCUGUCCCCACCGCUCUCCACACACUGGGAGGGAACAUUCCACCAGCCCACCCUCAAAGCCUCAGCACGUUCACGGCAGCGGCUGCCGCCACCAGAGCCCAAGUUUAUCUUCCAGGAGAGUCUCUAG